AUGCACCGGCGGGGGGUGGGGGCGGGGGCGAUCGCCCGGAGGAAACUGACGGAGGCCAAGUACAAGGAGCGCGGCACGGUCCUGGCUGAGGAUCAGCUGGCGCAGAUGUCGAAGCAGCUGGAGACGUUCCGGACCCACCUGCAGGCCUUCGCCAGCAAGCACAAGCAGGAGAUCCGGCGCAGCCCCGAGUUCCGGCUGCAGUUCCAGCACAUGUGCGCCGCCAUCGGCGUCGACCCGCUGGCCUCUGGGAAGGGCUUCUGGGCCGAGGUGCUCGGGGUCGGAGACUUCUACUACGAGCUGGGGGUGCAGAUCAUCGAGGUGUGCCUGGCACUGCGGCACCGCAACGGAGGGCUGAUCCCGCUGGAGGAGCUGCAGCUGCAGGUGCUCAAGGGCCGCGGCAAAUUCGCGCAGGACGUCAGCGCGGACGACCUGCUGCGCGCCAUCCGGAAGCUGAAGGUGCUGGGCAGCGGCUUCGGGAUCAUCCCCGUGGGGGGGACGGUGCUGGUGCAGUCGGUGCCGGCCGAGCUGAGCAUGGACCACACGGUGGUGCUGCAGCUGGCCGAGAAAAAGGGAUUUGUGACAGUCAGCGAGAUCCGGGACAGCCUCAAGUGGGAGACGGAGAGGGCGAAGCAGGUGCUGGAUCACCUGCUGAAGGAGGGCAUGGCCUGGCUGGACGCGCAGGCUCCGGCCGAGCCGCAGUUCUGGCUCCCCGCGCUCUUCUCGGAGCUGCACGGGCAGGACGGCGCGGCCGGGACCUGAGACCCUCGGAACCCCGGCUGGAAUAACCCUGGGACACCCGGGAAUGACCCCAGGACCCUCGGAAUCUCGGCUGGAACGACCCCGGGACACCCGGGAAUGACCCCGGGACCCUCGGAAUCCCGGCUGGAAUAACCCCAGGAUCCGUGGGAAUCCCUCCUGGAACCCUCAGGAAUCCUGGCUGGAAUCCCCUCUGGAGUCCCUCCCAGGAUCUUCAGGGAUCUCCCCUUUAAUCCCUCCUGGGAAUCUGGGAAUUCCUCCUCGAGUCCUUCGGAAUCCCGGCUGGAAUUCCCACCCAGGAUCCGUGGGAAUCCCUUCUGGAAUCCUCAGGAAUCCUGGCUGGAAUCCCUUCUGGAGUCCUUGGAAAUCCACCCUGGGAUCCUCAGGAAUCCCUACUGGGAUCCUCAGGAAUCUCUCCUUGAAUCCCCCUUGGAAUCCUUGGGAAUCUCCCCUUGAAUCCCAGCUGGGAUCCUCAGGAAUCUCUCCUGGGAUCCCUCCAGGAAUCCUUGGGAAUCUCCCCUUGGAUCCCUCCUGGAAUCUUUGGGAAUCCCUCCUGGGAUCCCUCUGGGAAUCCUUGGGAAUCCCUCCUGGGGACAGCAGGACUGGGAGUAAUAAAAGCUUUGUACAAAAA